GUUAACGGAGCAACACUUUCAUCACUCGACGCCGCUUCUCUCUUAAACUAAUCCUCUCUCCAUUGAUUCCAAGCAUGUUUCUCUUCUGUAUAUGAACCUAAACUAGUCCUUGUUCUAAUAUGGCUUCACGCAUCUUACCAACAUCGUUAUCAAUCUUAGAAACUGAUAAAGUUCGAUCCUUUACAAUCAAUCUGUUCCACGCAAGAAAUGCUUCGUGGAUCAUCACUCCCAUGAAAAGUUUCCAGAUUCGAAGAAGACGAAACCAGAGAAUAGCGUUUGCGUUAGACACAGGAUCUUCUUCUUCUGUUCCUGGAGGAGGAGGAGAACGACAAGAGAUUAAUGAAGACAGAACAGGUCUAGGUAGCACUAGAUUAGGCAGAAUAGCGAUUGCCUUAGGCAGACAGCUUCUUUUGAAGAUAAACUCUGCUAGAAAGAACUUCCCCAUGAAGAUAUUCUUACUGCUUCUUGGUUUCUACACUGCUAAUGCAUUAGCCACCAUUCUCGGCCAAACCGGUGACUGGGACGUGCUUGUCGCAGGCAUCGUCGUGGCCGCGAUCGAAGGAAUCGGUAUGCUUAUGUACAAGAAGAAGCCGUCUUCUUCUUCUUCUGGGAAGAAGUUGCAGUCUUUUGUUGUGUUUAUGAAUUUCUGGAAAGCUGGUGUUUGUUUGGGUCUCUUUGUUGAUGCUUUCAAGCUAGGUAGUUGAAUAUAAGACGAGCUUUUCCUUUCUUCUA